CUAGCUUUGCGUGACCGCGGCAGGUUGGUCCUGGAGCAGAUGAGCGCAGAAUAUUUAGGCGAAAGAGAGAGGAGGGGGGGAGCGCGGGCUGGAGGAGUACCUCGGCCAAGAAAAUUAUGCAUGCGUUAGGGAAGCUCUGAGAGAAUGGCUGUGGAAGCUCUCCACUGUGGUUUGAAUCCGCGGGGUAUUGAUCACCCUGCCCGUGCUGAAGGAAUUAAACUGCAAAUUGAAGGUGAAGGUGUGGAAUCUCAAUCCAUUAAAAACAAAAAUUUCCAGAAGGUGCCUGACCAAAAAGGAACGCCCACGCGACUUCAGGGAGAAGCAGAGACCGCGAGGUCAGCAGCAGUGAAGCUGUCAAAACCAGUAGCUCUGUGGACCCAGCAGGAUGUCUGCAAGUGGUUGAAGAAACAUUGUCCAAAUCAGUAUCAGAUCUACAGUGACUCAUUCAGACAACAUGAUAUAACUGGGCGAGCGCUGCUGAGACUCACCGACAAGAAGCUAGAGCGUAUGGGGAUCAGCCAGGAGAACCUGAGACAGCACAUCCUGCAGCAGGUGCUCCAGUUGAAGGUGCGGGAAGAAGUCAGAAACCUGCAGUUACUCACACAAGAAGCAGUAAACAAACCCUAUUCCCAGAACUAUGCUGACAACAUUGAUGAUGGCGGCACACAAAUUAAGAGCCUCAGUCGAGGGUUCUCCAUAAACUCAGAAGUUGCUGUCCUGCCAGUGGGUAUGAAUAUGGCCUGUUCCCCAGAGAGAGACUUACUCAUGGCACUGCCAGAAGAGAUCCUUGGAGCACUAAUAGAUUAACUGAGAAAACACCCAUUCAGUCAAGAUUAUAGGCUUUGGGAAAAAAAAUCUUAGUUUGCUGUGGAUUUUCAAAUGAGGUGCAUAAUAUACAGUGCCAACUGGUUCCAAGUGGUCAUUGGCAGACCAUUAGCUGGAAAAUUGCUUCCAGUUUUCAUCACUGUGCAUAACUCAAGUUCCCUUCGGGGGUUUGUCUGUGCCCUUCACUAGAAGUCCUGUUUUAGCAUGGCAACUACUGGAUUAUUUUACGUGUGCAGAUGGCAUGAUGUUUUAGAAAAAAUUACAGCAGUUCUGUAAUCUCAGUGGACGUGAUCACAAUAUUAUGCCCUGGUAGGAAUGUAAACGUGUCUCGAUUAUGUUAGUUAUGAUGUCCGAAGGUAUUCUGUCCAGCUCUAAAGCACUUUAUAUAUGAGAACACUACACUGAGGUGACUUUAGCACGUCUGGUACAUGUAGGAAAACAAGUGUAUUAUCUUUUCUUUAUAAAUCUUGUCUUUCUGGCUCAGACUGUCCAAGACAAACACCACUCCUAGUAUAUCCCCAGUUGUUCAUGGUAGAUUGGUGUAAAUAUGGCCACAGUACUGUUAGAUUUCACCUCCUGACACUUUCCUGAAUAACUGGAUAACUUAUAGCACCAAAGGAAGGUCAAAGCAGGCCUGGUGAUUGGAAUAUUUGAGUUCCUGGUUCCUUGUACCCAGGCGCAACUUAACACAUGCACAUACAGGACUUCACACAGGAUGCUUCUAUUUGAUUAAUGUACAUAUUCUCUUGUUCUGUAGAGGAGUUCUUCCAAAAACAAAAGAGGAUGGCCUUCUUUCUGUCAAAGACCGUUGUGGAUUGACACCAAGGGCAGCAGAAUGCAAUCUUCCUUUGUGGUCUCACCUACCCUGGAAAACUUUCAAAGGUCAAGUUUAUAACAUUAAGUGACCCUACUCUGUGCCUAGAGUAGUAAAAGGGUUCACGCUCACACUAGGUUCCUUCCUCAGUAUAGAGCCUACUCAUCCUUCUUAAUCCUUCCUAGAAUUGUAUCUAUAAUGACUUUUUUUUAAUUCCAUCUCACAGCAAAGCACAGUCCUGGGAAACCUAUCUUACUCAAUGAUUGCUUAUCUGAACACUAGAGAAGUGUUCGUUCAUAUUGACUGGACAUUUGUGACACAUUAACAUCUUUUCCCUGGAGACAAAAAGUUGGCGGAAUCAAAAUCACAGCAAAGUGUGCUCCAUGUGCCCACUAACUUAACCUGGAACUGACAGGCAUUAGAGGCUUCUAUUUAAAAUAGAUGUAACAACUUGUAGAACCCUUCUGGCACAAGCAAGCAAGGCAUUUUGAAGAAUCUCCAGACACUCAUUGUCUGUAUCCUCUUGGGGGGUCUCAGAAAGAAGAGAGAGACCUGAAUGUGAUUCAUAUACAUCACUAUAAGAUGUCUCUCCACAGGAUGAGUCCUCUCAAGAUGUAGACUGGAGAAAGGGUUCCUGAUAGGAACUCAGAGAAAUUAUAGUCAUGUGAUCUGACCUUUUGACAAAUCAGUGCUAAACUAUCAGGGCUAUACCACAUACGAUAAAUCUCUAAAAAUCCAGAAUUAGGAUGCAGCACUUCUGUAAGUAAUGGCCCCAUCUAGCUCCAUGGCUCAUCCAUUUGGCUUAGUUCCAACAGCAGGGUUUACAAGUCCCUUCAUUCCCCCUUUCAUUCAUCAAUCAUCUGUUGGGGACUCCACCAACUCUGGUGUAGAAGGCAGACUCUUCCUGCUCUUAUUUAAAACUAUCUCUUGCUCUCAAAUACUACCCACUCUUUACAAUCAAAACUAAGUUCGGGUAGCAUUUACCCACAACCACACCCAUUAUCAUCCCCCCAACAGAGUAACAGGACUAUGCUCAUGGCAGAUGGCAGGUGCAUAGACAGCAUCAGAGCACAUCUUUAUACCUUGUUAGACAGCCACCUAAGCUGACCAGAGCUUCCCAAAGCAGCUUUCGGUUGCUUUCCUUGAUGUCCAUCCCAGUUACCUGUAUUUCCAUCCUUUAUAUAGAUAUUGCCAUUUAUUACUGUACUGGGUUCUCCAAAGCGCCAAUUCUAUAACGACUCCAAAUGAUGCUGAAUUGGUUCUGAUGAAUCCUGUGAGCUCCUGCCAGGUGCUAAACUAGUACAACUGCAAACCAACUGGUCUGGCCAGUGAGAGUCUGAGACGCCUGCUAACACCCUUGGAAAACUGGACAUGCUUUAUAGGACAGAUGUACAGUAAAUGACAGUGGCCUAUCUUUACUUUGGCUUUUGCAAAAUGAUCUAAAAAAAUUUUUUAAGUUUUCUAUUUUUCUUGAGUCAAAGGGAUGUAACGUUAUCGAAAGAUAAUGGGUAAAGAUGGAAAUGGGUAAAAGCAAAAGGAAGAUGAUUAAAAAGCCCAAUUGAAGAUGGUGUCUCUAAAUAUGCCUUAAUGCCUGGCAUACCCCACAUAUUUAUAUAUGAACCUCUACUAUUUUCCAAACUGUUGACCUCUGUUUGAAGUCAUUUUGGAGCACAGUUUGGUCUAGCAGGAAGGGAGCGUUGGGGAGGUAAAGGGUAAAUGUUUUGAUGUAUAAAGUCUGUAAACUGUUGAGGCUUAACUUUUACUUAAACCUGUGUUGCACCUUUUAUUAAAAGGCUGACACCCACACUUGUGCAGGAAAUGCACUCUUGGGACUGAACUGAAAUGAAUAAUUAUCAGACUCUCCAGGGUGCCAAGGGGAUUAGCUUGUUGCAGAUCCAGAACUGAAUUUAAAUAUGCAGAGCAUCCAUGGUUCUGCUAGGGUAAAAAGCAAAUGACUUCAGUAGCUUGGGACUUGCCUAGGAGGAUAGGGACCCUAUCAACUUUCUUUAUGGGGAAUGGAGUAUCUUCGAAUCCCUGCACAGGCUCCGUGAAGUGUGUACCUGCAGAUAUGAUUACUACCUCCAGAAUAUAGGUACACACAUGGGCUUCUCUCCAGAGUCACUUUCCUGCAGCCCAAACAGAGGCUCAGAGCCUUUAGUGCUGAGGAAAACGUGCCAUUUUAGCAUGCAAGGGGGGAAAGGGAAGAUCAACCUUGCCUGUGAAUAUAAAGCAAGGAUAAGAACCUCUAAGGGACCUGGAUCCGCCCCACACACUCCCAGGUACUUGCAAAUGCUUUCUUUGUCUGCAAAGUCACAUAAUUGGUUUUGGAUGGCAACAAUAAAAGUCUCAAGGAAGUAAAGUUUUCAGGACCCUCCUGAGCACUUUCAGUUUUUACUUUAUUUUAUUUUUACCAAAACCUCCUCCUCCCCACGCCCUAGCAGCUUCAUUCUUUGCUGCUUUGCCUCUGCAUUCUUUAGAGUAAUUUUGCUACUUGACAACUAGACUUAAAGCUGCCAUAGACUUAAAAAUCUAAUCUUUAAAAGUGACACAAAUUCUUUUAUUUCUUAAAGGCUGUUUUUAUUCACCUCUUCCACAGCCCCCUCUACCCCACUUUUGGCUUUGUUUUAUGUGUGUGUGAUUUUUUUUUUCCUUUUCUUUUCACAUGGUGCUGUGGGUAGAUUUCAAGUGUUCUAUAAAGAACGCAAACAGAAGAAUGUAGUCCUUACCUAAUUGUUUCCCUACCCUUACUAAUAAUUCCUUCUCAGACUUGAUCUUAUUGGUGACAGCAGUAUCACCCAGCUUUCAUCUGCAGGAAGUCGCUGGUCAGGACUACUAAUCAUCUAAACAAAGCUGAUGGGAUCGGAGAGGAGGACCGGUCAGGAGACAUUUCUCCUUAGGCACAGCUGAGGGCUCCUGUACCUCAAUAUCCUUAGAGCUGGGUCUAAUCCUGGAUUCAGAGAAUAACCCUGUAAAAUCUGGUUUUUUGAUAUAUAGAAUUCCUGACAGCUUCAAGGUAAGAGAAGGCUGUUUCUGUUCUGUUGUUCUGGUGACAUUUGUGAACUGGAAUACAAGUAACAGACUUCUGGAAGUUGUAGGAAGCUUGGGGAAAGAAAGGAUAGCCAACUGUGCCUCAUUUGGGAAGGUGAGUGCAGGGUCAGUAUCAAUACUGUCACCUUCUGUCCAUCCACUGUAGUUCUAAAGGCAAGAUCCCAUAUGAGGGAGUGGGAAGGGACAAGUACUUUUCUAAAAUCUAAAAUGUACCCCAUCAAAUCUACCAGUGGCAACUGUAUAACAGAAGUACCACCAAGCAUGGGCCAGUACUAUUGGUCUGCUUGACUUCAAAAUGACCAACAAAUGAUUUCCACAGAAUAAUGGAAGGUGGACAUGCAAGGUCUUGUAAAACUAAGUUUCAUUUGCCAUAUAAGGCUACUUAGGAACCGUGGCCGCCCUAAGCGUUCUUCUAUCAGAACCCCCUCCUAAUUAUUUCAAUCAUUAAAAGGCACCAACAGCAUACCCUGAACUUUAUUUACAAGUCAGAUAGGACUCACGCUGAAUUGCAUUUCAACUGACAUAGUGACUAAAUGUCAUUGAUGUGUUGGCAUUCUUUCUGAUCGUAUAACAUUUUCAAAUUUUGAAGCUAAUGGUUUGGGGAAUAGGGUUGAAUAAUUUUGUUGUCGUUGUUGUUUUCCAAAUCUCCAAAACUUAUAACAGUCUUAGGAAGGAUCGUAGAGUCAAGCCUCUCUACCUGAACUGUGGACUGUUGAUGUAACAGCUCUGCUGGCAUUCUCUCCAAGAAGUCUAUUAAAUUCAUCCAACCUGGAGGUACUCACACCUAAAGUAAUCACAACACUGAAAAUUGCUGGCUGCCUGCUUCCUGUUCACAGCCUUUUAAAAUUCAAUCACUUGGAUCAAAGGAAAUAAAGAGUUGAAUCACACAGUUUUUCCAUAGGAGCACAGAUAUAGACAUAUCUAUCAAAUAUAGACUUCCAGUUUUGAUUGACUUGCAAGAACAACAUACAAUUCCGUUUUAUGGUGCUGCACUUAAUCACUGGCACCUCUUCUCAAGUUCUAUAAAAAUGCAUUAAAACAUUUUAUGCUAAGACAAAAUGCUAUAACAAGAAUUCUUAUUAUAGUAGGUCAUUAUUUCAUUUAGGAUAGAGAAACUAAUUUUUGAUGAAAAAUUUGUCCCUAGAUACCUCAAGUACUUAGAUGUUACUCCUAUUCCAUUCCCAAACUCAGAUGCUCUUCUGACAUCUCAGAGGUGACCCCAGGUUUUAACACAGCACAGAAACCGUGAAUAGACGUUUUAAGCUCUAGACAGACUCCAUUUUCAUGCAUAAAUGCAAAAAUGGGGUUUGAAGCUUGAGCACAGUCGGGGUCCUUGGUUUGAAGAUCACUAAAUCAAAUGCAAUUAGCUGCACUUAAUCCAACUGCACUGGGAGUUACCCACUGGACUCAGAAGCUUUGGGGCAGUUCUUAUGUUUAGAUCCCAUACUGUGCAGUGAAAAUCAGCAUGUCUUUCUCCAAAUAUCAGCCACAGAGAUAGUUAUGUGUGUGCCAAUUCUUCUGCCUAUCAAAAAGGCCUCUGGUGAAGCUGGGGAUAUAAUUCACUUGAUAAAGUACUUGUCCAACACCAUGUAAACCAAGUAUGGUGGUGCACACCUAUAAUGCUGGCACUAGGGAGGUAGAGGUGGGAGUAUCUAGAGUUCAAGGUCAUUCUGGGCUGCAUGAGAUCCAAUCUCAAAAAAAUAAAAAGGCUCCUGAUUAUUAGUGGAAACCUUGAAGACCAUGUUGGGUAGGUAGAACCUUGUUCAUUCUCAUUUAUUUGGCUGUUUUUUUAAUGCAGUGCUGGGGAUUGAACCCAGGGCCUCUGGUGUACUAGCUGGGUCAUACCACAACCCAUCUUUUUCAUGCUUGCCCUGCUCCUGCCUCACCAGCAACAGAAGCCAUAGCUCUCCAGGGAUGUUGACCCCACUGGGGCUUAGGAGGACUUCUGCUUGCUUCCACUCACACUGGGCAAUGGUGGGGUUCUGCAUAGCUUACCUACCACUGCCUUUUCUCUUCUACCAAUAGGAAAGUUCCAUCUAAGAGGGCCAUUCUAGAGGAGACUGGAGUUUGGCUACUGAAAGAAGCUCACAUUGUGGAGAGCUGAAUAAUACCAGGCCCUUGAUUUUGCAUUGUGAAAACUGGUCUGUAGAAAAGCCAAACCAGCACAAAUGUUUUGAAACUAAUUCCACUGAAACUCCUAUCACUAAAUCACACUACUGUAGUUCCAGUUAAUCCAACUGUUUAAUAUCAUUAGGCACUAAAUUAAAUAGCUUUACACAAAAUUUUAGAAAAGAUCAAUAUUGUAACAAAAUUACAGAUUAACAGUAAAAAGUGCCUGAGUAAAGAAACCAUUGAUCGCUUAUGGUUUAUAUACUUCAGUUAUUCUUGGACUUUGUAGAGAUUGGCACUACUCUGAUAAAGGGGAAGAAAGUGUUCUGAAUUCAAGAAUAGUGGGCUAAUAGAAAUUGCCAGUGUCUCUGGGCCUUUGCCUGUCUGGGAUGUUCUCUGUCCCUCAGCAGGCAAGUUGUUUGGAGACUAAAAGGAGCUAAUGGGGAAAGCUGUCCCACACCACCAAUCUAUGCCUAAUUGUCAUGAUGAGCUGGGUAAUAGGCUUUGUUUAAUGACACAUUUCCUCCUUUUUGGCAUUCUCUUCAAAGUUGUUAUGACCAAGCCUCCACUCUGAGAUUAAAAGAGAGAAAGCGAAAAAGCAAUAAUCCCUGUUUUACAUACAGAGAGGUGGGGGGCGAGACAGACAGAGACAGACAUGGACACACAUACAUAAUCUUUUCUGAGAAACAGGAAGAGAUGGUCUCCAGAA